AUUCAACCCCUCCCUUCUCCAUUGACUUCAUUUCCCCCCGCCACGCCAAUUCCUACUUUCAUUUCUUCUUCUUCUUCAACUUCCCCUUUCAUUUCACCUCAACAACUCAUAAUACAUCCUCUCUGAUCUCUCCAACCGCCCGCUUCUUCUGCUUCUUCAAUCAUGGCGCAGAAGUCUUUGAUUUACAGUUUCGUUGCUCGAGGAACGGUGAUUCUCGCCGACUACUCCGAUUUCUCCGGUAACUUCACUAAUAUCGCUUUUCAAUGCCUCCAACGACUUCCUGCUUCCAACAACAGGUUCACUUAUACCUGCGAUGGCCAUACCUUCAAUUACCUUCUCAACAAUGGAUUCACAUAUUGUGUAGUUGCAGUUGAGGCUGCAGGAAGACAAGUUCCAAUGGCGUGCCUUGAGCGAAUAAAAGAAGACUUCGACAGGAGAUAUGGGGGAGGAAAAGCAUCAGUUGCUGUUGCCAAGAGUCUGAACAAGGAAUUUGGACCUAAAAUGAAGGGUCAUAUGCAAUACUGUGUAGAUCAUCCUGAAGAAAGCAGUAAGCUAAUGCAAGUGAAGGCUCAGGUUUCUGAUGUAAAAGCUGUAAUGAUAGAGAACAUUGACAAGAUUAUGGAACGAGGUACUAAGAUCGAGGACUUGGUAGAUAAGACCGAGAAUCUUCGUUCACAGGCUAAAGAAUUCCAGACAAAUGGAACCCAAAUAAAGAAGAAGAUGUGGUACCAAAAUAUGAAGAUAAAAUUGAUAGUGUUCUCUAUCCUCAUUAUCUUGGCUUUGAUCAUCGUUUUGUCCAUUUGCCGAGGUUUUAACUGCUAAUUAAAACCCUCUAAAUAUUGAUCAAAAUUGCUAUUGUCCCAAAUGCCAUAAUUAUUGCAAGCUGCCUUUGCUGUUUAUGGCUGAGGGCUCUUUUGUUUUUUCAGGUCCAUUUUACUAUUAUUGUAUAGUGUUGCUUUGGAUUGAUUUAAUGGCAUCGUGUUUAUGGUUAAAGUAUAUAUAGCUACAUAAUUUGUAAGAAUAGAAUUUUAUAAAGUACUAGAUGAUGAUCAGUAAUUUAUUAUAUCAAAA